CAGAAACAAAGAGUCGAGAGAGGCAGGGAAGAGAAAGACGAACAGAGGAUUUUCAAAAGAUCCUCUUCUUUCUCGUUCUUUUUCUUCUUCUGGUGGUCUUGAAGAUACAUGAAUCAACAUCCCAAUGUUAUGAAUGUUGAUGCAUUCUCUUAUGUAUUCAUAAGUUCUUACAGGUGACCUCUCUGAAAGAUUAAAAAAAAAAGGGUUACUUAAAAGAAUUUUGAUUUGGUGAAUGUAGUAGAAAUCCUCCCACACAAAAAAAAAAAAUGGGUGGCUGCGUUUCUUCCCAGAGAAAACUAAGCAACAAGCUUCAACAGAAGAAGCAAAAACGUGGCAGAUCUACCAAAUGUCGGUCCAAAAUCUCAGCUUCGAUGCCAGAUGUUCCUAUGAAACGCAUGAGCAAUGCGAGCAUUAGAGAUUUUGCGGUGAACGAAUAUGUUCAUCUUGAUUUCGAGAAAGGCGCAGCCAAGAUGAUGUGUAAGAGAGCUGAGAUGUCUAAUGCUAACUUCCAUUUAACUCAGCUUCAAUGGAACUGCAGCCAAAUCGAUGGAAACCGAAUAUCACAUGAGGAAGCUUGGUAUGAUUCCUUUAGUUACAUUGACUCUGAUUCUGAUGAUGGAUCAAAUAAUAGUGUUUUCGAAGAUGCAAAUCCUUCUGCAAUGGGACAGGUGAUUCAGUACGAAGAAUUCUACGAAAGUUACCUCAAAAUAGAUGGAAACAAAUCUGAAGCAUACUCAAGCAAGAAUGAAGUUAGCAUAAAGAGAAACCAAGUGGCUGAUGAAUCUCAUCAUGAAACCUUCAAGACUACUACUUGUGAAGAUCAUCAAGAUCACAGGAAGAAAUCCUCAAAAGUUGUUAUGGUCUCUGUGCGAAGGACUUCCAUUGAUAGAAAAUCAACAGCUUCUGAAUUAUCUUCUGAGAAGAUUUUGUACCGACCAAAAGCCGGUUCUGUGAUUCAACGUUCUUUAGGUGAGAAGCUGACCAAUCAAGGAAGCUGGUCAGAACUUUCUCCGUCGAGUUUCAAGCUCCGUGGAUUGAAUUUCUUCAGAGACAAACAAAAGAGUCCUGCACCAAACUGUAGUCCUUACAUACCAAUUGGAAUCGAUCUUUUCGCGUGUCCCAAGAAGAUAAACCACAUUGCUCAGCACGUUGAGCUCCCUAACAUGAGACCGGCGUCAACACAAGCAUGUGAUGUCCCCAAUCUCUUGAUUGUGAACAUCCAGCUUCCAAUGUAUCCAACUUCUAUGUUUGGUGACUAUGAUGGUGAAGGACUAAGUUUAGUCUUAUACUUCAAACUGAAUGAGAACUAUCACAAAGAAAUCUCAUCUCACUUUCAAGAAACCAUCAAGAGAUUUAUGGAUGAUGAAAUGGAGAAAAUCAAAGGAUUCACAAGAGAAUCAAUAGUUCCAUUCAGAGAGAGGUUAAAGAUCAUGGCAGGUUUGGUGAAUCCUGAGGAUCUUCAGCUAAGUUCUACUGAGAGAAAGCUUAUCACAGCUUAUAACGAUAAACCGGUUCUUUCUCGUCCGCAGCACGAUUUCUUUCGGGGACCAAACUACUUUGAGAUCGAUUUGGAUAUACACAGGUUCAGUUACAUUUCAAGAAAAGGACUCGAAUCUUUCAGGGAUCGGAUCAAGAAUGGGGUUCUCGAUCUUGGUUUAACUAUUCAGGCUCAAUCACCAGAGGAACUUCCAGAGCAAGUACUGUGUUGUGUCAGGCUGAACAAGAUUGAUUUCGUGAAUCACGGACAGAUUCCAACGCUUUUAACUAACAAACAAUGAUGAGUUUUCAUAUCUGAUUCACUACAAAAGAUCACAAAAGAGACAAUCAAUCAAUCAGUCCAUGGGGGGUGCAAAGAGACAAAAGCAAAACAGAGAACCUUUUUCACAUAUUUGUAUUGAAGAGACAAAAGAAAAAGAAAAAAACAAAUGUCUUUUUUGGUAA